GGCCAUUCUCACUCUAGCUACUCUCUUUGUCGAUCUCUAUAAAAAUUAAAUAAAAAUCAAGAAGAAAAAACUCUCACGUACUUCAUCAAUUAAUUAAUUCUUCUCCAUAUUAUAUAUCCCAGAUUUCCAAUACUAUAAUCUCCAUUCACAAUUUUCUUCCUUUCUUUAUAUUCAUACAUAUAUAACACAAUUAAAGAUGUUUAGUAAUAUGAUGAUUCAAUUUCUCAGAAGAAGCCAUACUCUUUCAUCAUCAAAUUUUAAGUUGGGACGAUUUGGAUUUGCAUCUCGAGCUGCAUCUUUGCCUCAACAAACAUAUGGAAAUGUAGGGGGUGAUGUGGAUGAAUAUGCUGACGUGGAAUGGGAUAAAAUUGGAUUUGGUGCAAUUCCAACUGAUUACAUGUACGUUAUGAAGUGUUGUAAAGACCAUGAUUUUGAACAUGGACAACUUAAUCCCUAUGCAAAUAUCCAGAUUAGCCCUGCUGCUGGCGUUUUAAACUACGGUCAGGGAGUGUAUGAAGGAACAAAAGCUCAAAGAAGGUCAGAUGGAAGAGUCCUUCUAUUCCGUCCAGACCAAAAUGCCAUUCGCAUGAGGGAAGGUGCACACAGACUCUGUAUGCCCGCACCUUCCACCAAUCAAUUUCUCCAUGCACUCAAACAAACUGUUCUUGCCAACAAACGUUGGAUUCCUCCUCCUGGAAAAGGGUCUUUAUAUAUUAGGCCUAUGCUAAUUGGAAGUGGUCCUAUAUUGGGCUUGGCUCCAUCACCAGAAUACACUUUCCUCAUUUAUGCUUCCCCUGUUCGCAACUAUUUCAAGGAGGGAAUUGCAGCUUUGAACUUGUAUGUUGAAGAAGAGUAUGAUCGAGCCUCUCCUGGUGGAGCUGGAGGUGUAAAAAGUAUUACCAAUUAUGCCCCAGUAUUAAAAGCUAUAACAAGAGCCAAAAACAGAGGAUUUUCUGAUGUGUUAUACUUGGACUCGGUUAACAAGAAGUAUUUGGAAGAGGUUUCUUCUUGCAACAUUUUUAUUGUCAAGGGUAAUGUUAUUUCAACUCCUCCAACAGCUGGGACUAUUCUUCCUGGUAUCACAAGAAAAAGUAUCAUUGAAAUUGCUCGUGACCAUGGUUACAAGGUUGAGGAGCGUGGUGUUAUGGUGGAUGAGCUAAGUGAAGCUGAUGAAGUGUUCUGUACAGGAACUGCUGUUGGUGUUGCUCCUGUUGGUAGCAUUACAUAUAAGAAUCAAAGGAUGGAGUUUAGAGUUGGUGAUGAAUCAACAUGUUCAAGACUCUACUCAACCCUUGUGGGAAUUCAAACAGGGGUUAUUGAAGAUAAGAAAGGGUGGAUAGUUGAAGUAGUUUGAGUAUAAAUAAAAUAUUAGUUUAUUAAUUUUAUAAUAAUUAAUUAAUUGUAUUAUUUUAAAGUGUGAGAUAACUAUAUAUAUAUAUAUCUACAUAUAUGGGAAAAUGAUACAGAAGUUUUGAAUACUUUUGUGUUGUUUAUGAAGUUAUAUAUAUACCUAAUUACAUUAUUAUACUUAUAAUCCUUGUAAAUGACUAAAAUGUAAUACAUAUGUAUCUUGUAAAUAAAUAAAUGAAAGUAUUUUUUUGUGGUACUUAUUAGCCUUUUGUGUCUUA